AUGCUUAUAGUUUUGGAUGAUGUAGAUCACGAGGACCAAUUAGAUGCUCUGUUGCCCCUAAAGGAGAGUAUUGGAUCAGGUAGUCUGGUCAAUCUUACAACACGAGAAGGGGAUCCUUUCCCACAAGAAGGCUUUGAAGAUUUAGUUGAAGAUUGCAUAGCUGUUUGCAAUGGGUUGCCUUUGUCUUUGAAGGUGAUUGGAGCACAGCUUUACGGUAAAAAAUCCAAAGAUUAUUGGGUCUCUCAGGUAGGUAAGAUCCGGAGAAUAUUGCCCAAGGAAAUUAUGCAGAGGCUGAAAGUAAGUUACGAUGCCCUCGAUAGAGACGAGCAAGAAAUAUUCCUGGAUAUUGCAUGUUUCUUUAACGGCAAACGGAGGAGUUCUGCAAUUGCUGUAUGGGAUGGAUCAGGCUGGAGCGGUCUAUAUAGUUGGGAAAUGCUUUACAACAAGUGCCUUGUUGAGGUGGACCAGAAAGAGCGUAUAAGAAUGCAUGAUCAUCUCGGGGAUUUGUGA